UAUAUCGAAUGUUGUUAAAAAAUACGUAUUUAAAUGGUUAUCUACGAUUUUUCAGAAGUAGAUUGUUGUAUUUCUAAAAAUAAGAGAUGUAUUCUAAUCUAUUAGAAUUAAUUGAUUUUUUAACUUGUAUAAUUUAAUAUGAUAUAUUUUUAUAAUUUACUUCUCAUAAUGUAUUUAGUGCUACUUUUGCCGCAGCAUGUGAUAUUUUCUUUUUACAAAAUAAAAAAGAGACAUAUGUAUUUCACACAUAAAAGUAAAAAUAACAAAUAUAGUUCUGAAUGAUAUUUGUGGCUCAUUAAAAUAAAACUUAAUUGAUUUUUAUAGGGCAGAUGCAAAAUAUGAAAUCAUAGUUUUGACAAUUCAUACAUUCAUAAAUUGUCAUGUAUAUAUAUAGAUAUUCGGCAUUAUUAAACGUUGCGUUCGGUAAUUAGUACAAUAAUUUUAUGAUAUUCAAAUAACAAUUAAUAAGAAUAACAAUAACAAUUAAAUGAAUUCAUUAUAUCUCAAUAAUUUUGAAAAAAAUAAAAAUAAAAAAAUUAGUGAUUACUUCAAUUUAAAAUGCAUUAAAUAUUACAAUAAUGAUCCGUUAAAUUUUAAGAAGUUUUAGUAGACAGUUUUAGUAGACAUUAAAAUUUCCAGGAUAAUGUUUUUUGUUUUAAAUUGAUUGAAUUUACUUCAAAAAGAAUGAGAAAAUAUAUAAUUAACAGGAUAAAUACAAUACUUUGAAAAACGGCAGGCAAGAUUUAAUAUUUAAUAUUUCGAAAAAAUGCUGCAAUAGAAAAAAAUAAUCAUGCAAAAAAAAAUUUAUUUUUUAUAAUUUUCAUUUUAUCAUUAUAAAAAUAAUAACAAUAGAUUGUUCAUUAACAAGUUUAUUUUUUCUAAUUAUAUGUAUUCUCUUUUUUUACUGUUAUCAAUCAUUGAGACUUAAAAUAGUCUCACUAUGAAUGGUGAAAAAAAAAACAAAAUUGAGUCAUUUAAAAUUUAAUCGAGUAUUACUGAAUUACUGAUGGUUACUAUAAUUAACACAUAUGCACCUACGUGCAUUCUACGUAUUCAUAUUUGUCAUCCUUAUGGCUGGCGACGCUAGAAGUGAUGGUAAUAUAAAUUGGUAUGCCGGUCUACGCACUGUGUUUAAGAAUUGUCCAUUGGAAUCUUGGAAUAAUUCUAGAAAAGAUGAAUUUUUAGAGACGUUUAGGAAAUGUGUGCAGGAACAUGUAUUAAUUGCUUUAGAUACUCUUUUGGCUGAUGAUAUUAUACCAAUAUUUGAAGGGCUAGUUUUAGUAAGAUAUCAAAAAGAUAGAAUGAAUUCUACAAAUGAUAAAGAAAGUAAUAUAGAUGAUAAUACUAAUUGGACAGCCAUUAUUAUGAAAAGAUUUUUACGAGUUUUACAUACCCACGUGUUCAAAAUCGAUGUGGACCGUUUUACUAAUAAUAUACUUUCUUUUAUUAAUAAUUCAAAAACCAAUGUAGAUAAUUAUAAGUUCGAAGGCCGUAGACGUCGUCACCGUCGCAGACAUAACCACAUGGUGCCACUUAUGAUGAUGGGUUUUCUGCUGAUGGGUUCGAUCUUAAUACCUAUGGGUUUUCAAUUCCUUGCAGUCCUUGGUGGUAAGGCAUUGCUUCUAGCCAAGAUGGCUUUGAUAUUAUCCAGUAUUCAGGGUCUGAAGAAAAUAGCUACGAAUGGUGUGAAUUAUGGACUGUAUCACACUCCUGUGGCAGAAGGAUGGCACGAUAGAAGUCAUAUAGAGCCUUCGCAUUUAGAUUUACCUUUCCCACCUCACAUUCGUCCUUAA